CCCCGGGAUCGUCGGCUCCGGCGGCGCGGGGCGUCCGCAUCGCCAGGAUGUACCCCCAGGGGAGGCACCCGACCCCGCUCCAGUCCGGCCAGCCCUUCAAGUUCUCGAUCCUGGAGAUCUGCGACCGCAUCAAAGAGGAAUUCCAGUUUCUUCAGGCUCAGUACCACAGCCUCAAGCUGGAAUGUGAGAAGCUGGCCAGUGAGAAGACAGAAAUGCAACGACAUUAUGUCAUGUAUUAUGAGAUGUCCUACGGGCUCAACAUCGAAAUGCAUAAACAGGCCGAGAUUGUGAAGCGCCUCAGUGGUAUCUGUGCUCAGAUUAUCCCCUUCCUGACCCAGGAGCAUCAACAACAGGUGCUACAGGCCGUGGAACGGGCCAAGCAGGUGACCGUGGGGGAGCUGAACAGCCUCAUCGGGCAGCAGCAGCUCCAGCCGCUGUCCCACCAUGCCCCCCCUGUACCCCUCACCCCUCGCCCUGCUGGCCUGGUGGGCAGCAGUGCCACGGGGCUGCUGGCCCUGUCCGGAGCUCUGGCCGCGCAGGCUCAGCUGGCUGCGGCCGCCAAGGAAGACCGGGCAGGUGGGGAGGCCGAGGGACCCAGAGUGGACAGAGCCCCGAGCAGGAGCGCAUCCCCCUCACCCCCUGAGAGUGUGGUGGAGGAGGAGCGGCCCGGUGGCCCGGCCGGCAGCGGGAAGCAGCGCGCUGAGGACAAAGAUCUGUCGGGACCUUAUGAGAGUGACGAAGACAAGAGUGACUACAACCUAGUGGUGGACGAGGACCAGCCGUCGGAGCCCCCCAGCCCUGCCAGCACCCCGUGUGGAAAGGCCCCCAUCUGUGUCCCUGCCCGUCGGGACCUCGUGGACAGUCCAGCCUCCUUGGCCUCGAGCCUCGGCUCGCCACUCCCCCGAGCCAAGGAGCUUGUCCUGAACGACCUUCCUGCCAGCACUCCCGCCCCUAAGUCCUGCGACUCCUCCCCGCCCCAGGAUGCGUCCACCCCCGGGCCCAGCUCAGCCAGUCACCUCCGCCAGCUUGCUGCCAAGCCAGCGCCUUGCACCGACAGUGUUGCCCUGAGGAGCCCCCUGACACUGUCCAGUCCAUUCACCACAUCCUUCAGCCUGAGCUCCCACAGCGCCCUUAACGGGGACCUCUCUGUGCCCAGCUCCUAUGUCAGCCUCCACCUGUCCCCCCAGGUCAGCGGCUCUGUAGUGUAUGGACGGUCCCCCAUGAUGGCAUUUGAGUGUCACCCACAUCUCCGAGGGUCAUCCAUCUCCUCCUCCCUGCCCACUAUCCCUGGUGGAAAGCCGGCCUACUCCUUCCACGUAUCUGCCGACGGGCAGAUGCAGCCGGUGCCCUUCCCCUCGGACGCGCUGGUGGGCGCGGGCAUCCCGCGGCACGCGCGGCAGCUGCACACGCUGGCGCACGGCGAGGUGGUCUGCGCGGUCACCAUCAGCGGCUCCACGCAGCACGUGUACACGGGCGGCAAGGGCUGCGUCAAAGUGUGGGACGUGGGGCAGCCGGGCGCCAAGACGCCCGUGGCCCAGCUGGACUGCCUGAACCGGGACAACUACAUUCGCUCCUGCAAGCUGCUGCCGGAUGGCCGGAGCCUGAUCGUGGGCGGCGAGGCCAGCACCCUGUCCAUCUGGGACCUGGCGGCACCCACCCCGCGCAUCAAGGCAGAGCUGACCUCCUCCGCCCCCGCUUGCUACGCCCUGGCGGUCAGCCCCGACGCCAAGGUCUGCUUUUCCUGCUGCAGCGACGGCAACAUCGUGGUCUGGGACUUGCAGAACCAGACCAUGGUCAGGCAGUUCCAGGGCCACACCGACGGCGCCAGCUGCAUCGACAUCUCCGACUACGGCACUCGGCUCUGGACCGGGGGCCUGGACAACACUGUGCGCUGCUGGGACCUGCGGGAGGGUCGCCAGCUGCAGCAGCACGACUUCAGCUCCCAGAUCUUCUCUCUGGGCCACUGCCCCAACCAGGACUGGCUGGCGGUGGGCAUGGAGAGCAGCAACGUGGAGGUCCUGCACGUCCGCAAGCCAGAGAAGUAUCAGUUGCACCUUCACGAGAGCUGUGUGCUCGCCCUCAAAUUCGCCUCCUGCGGGCGCUGGUUCGUGAGCACCGGGAAGGACAACCUGCUCAACGCCUGGAGGACGCCGUAUGGAGCCAGCAUUUUCCAGUCCAAGGAAUCAUCCUCCGUGCUGAGCUGUGACAUCUCCGGGAAUAACAAGUACAUCGUGACAGGCUCGGGUGACAAGAAGGCCACCGUGUACGAGGUGGUCUACUGAGACCCCCUCAUGCCUGCAGCCCUGGCCUGGCUCCUGGGGGAGGGGCAUCCCGGAAAGAGACCCCGACGGCCCCCCUCUGCUCCUACCUUCCAGUGCUACGUCCCAUCAGCCCUCUGGCUGCCUCCCUCACACCUGCCCUCGCUGGACUCACGGGGGGCUGGAUGGGCAGGUGGACUUUGGGGAAAUAAAUGUAUUUAUCACAA